UUUAUUUUAAACAAAUUGACUCAUUAAUUUCUAAAAAUUAUAAAAAAAAUAAAAUUCAUCAUCAGAAUGUACUCCAAUUAGGAAAUCCCUUCAAUAAAAACAUUUCAACUUAUCUAAAAAUGUAAAUAAACUUUAACAACGUUCAAUUUUUCGACAAAUCUCGGGCAAUACUCGAUGACGACCGAACACUUUAAAGCGCACAACCAAAGAUCACGUUCAUUCGCUCCGCUGACGUCACAAAGUGCGUUGGGUACGUUCGUGUUGAUUUUUUGGCGGUAAUGGGUUAAAAUUCAAAUAAUUUCGCGAAAAAUGGAUGAACCCGUUAAAUAUCCGCGACCCGCGACUAUUUUCGCAGCGAUUUGUGCUAUUAUUUUUUGUAUUGUGGGUGUUUUCGGAAACACUGUUACAAUAAUAGCUUUAAUAAGAUGCCCCAAACUUCGUUUGCACGCCACAACGUUUUUCGUGUUAUCCCUGAGCAUUUCGGAUCUCUUAUUUUGUUUGAUUAACUUACCCUUGAUGGCAGACAGGUAUAUUCACCAAGAAUGGAGGAUGGGGGAUGCUUUGUGUAAAGUUUUCCCCGUUAUUUUGUACGGAAACGUCGCUUUAUCCCUCCUAAAUAUGGUCGCGAUAACUGUAAACAGAUAUAUAAUCAUAUCAUAUUACGAGUAUUAUUCAAAAUUGUACUCGAAACUCUCAAUUUGGAUCCAAUUAUUCGCAAUUUGGAGCGUCGCUUUUUUAAUAAUGUUGCCACCUUCUCUCGGAAUUUGGGGCGAAUUAGGCCUAAAUAAAUCGACAUUUUCGUGCACGAUCAACAAAAAAGAUGGAAAAUCUCCAAAACAAUUCAUUUUUCUCGUCGGAUUCGUCAUCCCGUGCUUAGUAAUUAUCGUUUCUUACACGUGUAUUUAUUUAAAAGUUCGCCAAUCAAAUAAUAAUCUUAAAUCGCAUAGAUCAAAUCCCAAAGAAAGGAGUUCAAAACGCGAACGAGACGAUAGAAGACUCACCAAAUUAAUGCUCCUCAUUUUUGCGUGCUUUUUAUUUUGUUUUUUGCCAUUAAUGUGCGUAAAUGUCUUCGACGAUGACACAACUAUUCCAACUCUCCAUGUUUGCGCUUCAAUUUUAGCAUGGGCCUCGAGCGUUGUUAAUCCAAUUAUUUAUGUAGCUAGUAAUAAACAAUACAGAUUGGCUUAUGCUAAAUUAUUUAAUGUAGUUAAAAGUACGAUUACGGUUUCCGAUUCGAGGCAAUUAUCAAAUUCUUGUCCUCGUACUACAAGGAACGCAACGACUCAUAAUUUAACCCAAGGAUACACCAAAGUUUAAUAAAUAUCGUGUUAUUUGUACAUUUUUUUCGCUUUAGUAUUUAUUUUGAGGUUAAAUCUUAGUGACAUAACCUCACUUAUUAAAAAAUAGUAAAUAUCUUUUCUUUAAAGGUAAUUAUUAACGAUUAUUUAUUUGUUUCGUCUUCUUAUACUUACUAAGCGUGUAUUUUUUUUUACUUUCGAAUAAAUAAUAAAAACGAAAAUUAA